AGACCAACUCUAGCUAUCUCUCACUUUUUCCCCCAUCUCGAAAAAAAAAAUUGGAAGACCAACUCUAGCUGUCUUUCACUGUUUUUUGAGAUGGGAAAGAAAGUGAAAGAUAGAUAGAGUUGGUGGAUGAUUGAGUUGUGAUAUCCUAAAUGACCAAAUGGGGUCAAAAAGUUUUGGAUGGGGUAAUUUCAAAAGAAAGAGAUGGUCAUGCAUGUCUUAAGAUCUUUUUUUUUUUCUGCCUCAAGUGAAGGGCAAAUGUUAAUUUCAAUUCGUUAUAUUAGGCAGCACGUACUAGUAACAAGCUUGCAGAUGUCAUAAUUUACGUCUUAUAUCUUCGAGGUUGACUUCUAUUUUAUGGAAAGAGAAGAAUGCGUUUCACUAGCAGCAAUCAAGGAAACAAUAUUCGGCGAUAUGAAAAUGAAUAUCUCCUGUGGGGUCCUACUGUCAUUGUACCGUCCGCUGUAGUCUGAUUCAUGAAGGUGUGGCACCAGCACUUGACGUGAAGGCUUACUUUGAUGGUCUGCAGCCUCUUCCGCUUCAGUGACUCCAAAAAUGAAACCAAGAACCAAUGGGGGGUCAAGGCCUCAGAGAUCCAAAGGUGUUCAGACUGAGGGACCAAACUGGGUAAUAAUUGCGGGUAGUGCGUUAAUAAGUACAUUAUCUAUUCGCUUAGGCUACAAGCUGAAGCAGGUGCUUGACUCGAGACAACAGAACAAGACUACCAGCAGUUUGAAAGGAAAUGAAAAGUCUCCCGACGGAAGUAAGUUAGGGAAUGGUCAUUUGCAGUCAAGUACUUACUAUUUUGCUCAAGAUGAUGAUGGCUGCUACAAUUGCAAUACCGGAGCUAGAGGAUUAGGAAUUACAAAGCAGCAGUAUAACGGGUCUGAGCCUGAAAUGGUGCUCCCUCUCGUGACAGUUCCUGCGAUCGAAUUCAAUAAAGAGAAUGGCGGGGCUUGGUCAACCUCUCCUGAUCGUCUUGAACUGCCACAAAAACCAUUUCAUCACUCAAACAGCUCUGAGUCGCCAUGCGUCUCGGAAUCUGGUUCUGACAUAUACAGUAAGCGAGAAGUGAUACAAAAGCUGAGAGUACAGUUAAAGAGAAGGGACGAAACGAUAUUAGAGAUGCAAGAACAAAUUGCAGAGUUGCAGGCUUCUCUCAACAAUCAGCUGUCACAUUCUGCUCAUCUGCAGUCAUUGCUGGAUGCUUCAAACAGGGAUCUGUUUGAUUCGGAGAGAGAGAUACAGAGGCUGAGGAAGGCAAUUGCAGAUCAUUGCGUUGGACAAGUAAGCCCAACAGUACCUGUAUGGCCAGCUGAAGGCAGAUACGGUCAUACUAACGGUCACCUGGAUGUUGACAGAAAUUCGGAUACUUCAGACAAGGGAAGAGGAGACGGAGAAAGGUUUGAAAUGCUGAAGCGCGAAAAAGAUGAGUUGAAAGAAGUGAUUGAAGGGAAGGAUUAUCUGAUCAGGAGCUACAAGGAGCAAACUGCUGAGCUUUCGGUCAAGGUCAAGGAGCUGCAACAGAGAUUGGAUGCUCAGCUCCCAAAUAUUUUGUAGGGACGCGUUAGAGUUGUGUAUUCUUUUGUUUGCUUUCAUAUUUAGGUUGUUUUCCAUUCCCUUGAUUGAUUUUAAGCUUCAUGAUAUGGGAAUGCUAUUUUCUCAUUUUUCUCUGGUUUUUUCCUUUUAUGUUUUUAUUCCUUGGCCCCAACCACUCCAUUUCUGCUUUGUGUUCAUAAUGUCGACAGAAACGAUUUCGAUAAACCAGCGUAGUAUUAGUAGAUUAAGUUUGAUGAUUGCCUCCUGUAUUGCUGAACAUGGUAAAAAUGGUUCACCAUGCGAUGAGUUUUUUCCAUCUAUGUAUUUAAGAGACGUUUCUUCAGCA